AUGCCCCGAGAGAACAUCGGCGAUUCAUCUGCGAAGACGUUUGCGGAAUUGCUGUCCGGCCCAUUGCUCGAUAUUUAUGUCGGAGCCGAAGCACGCAAGUGGACUCUCCAUCAGAACCUCCUCAUCUACCAUGCGCAGUUCUUCGACGAGUCCUUCACCAUCAAUGGCGAACACAAGCGAAUAAUCGAUGGCAAACUAGAAUUGCGCGAUGAGGAUCCUGGCGCGUUCGAGCUCCUCGUCAAGUGGCUCUACCAGGGGAAAAUUGACGACGUGUCGUGGAUGCCUAAGGACGUCAAAUGGGACUACGCCUUCACAUGCCAGAAGCUCUACAUCCUGUGCGACACACUCGGGCUACAAGACCUGAAGAACCAGGCGAUCGAUCAGUUCCGCCGAGGGUGUCAUGAAGCAGGACUUGUUCCGGGUCCGGAGGAGAUGAGGCCAAUCUAUGAGAAGACACACCCCGACUCGCCCUUCCGGAAGCUGGUAAGCCGAAUCGCCGCACGACAGAUCAUGGACCCUGCGUCAGAAAAAGACGCGACAUCCUAUCGGGAAUGCUUGGCUGUGUCGCCCGAUUUCGCCGUCGAUGUAAUCAAUGCCAUCAAACAAGGCUCUGGGGGCUCGCUUUUCGACGACCCGACCGAAGGCAAUUCAUGCAGAUAUCACCAACACGAAGACGGCGAGACGUGCCAGAAAACCGUCAAGUUCAAGGACGUGUCAUGA